AUGUCGAAACUUAUCCUCGCUCUCCUUUCCCUUUCAGCCACUCUCCUCCUACUCGCACUUGUUUCUUUCAAUUCCCGCCCCACAUUCCUCGAAAAUUCCCCAAAGCCCCCAAUCAAAAUCCACGCGCUCGAGCACGCGCAGCUCGCCGCUUCCCACUGCGAGGGCACGCUGUACCCUGAGCAGUGCGUCACCACCGUCUCCGCCGCGCUCCCGCAGCUCCGCCGCAAGACGCUGCCGGAGGUCAUCUCUGCCACCGUCAACGCCACCGUGCGCGAGGUCCACGCGUCCGCCGACAACUGCAGCAGCAUCCGCCGCAAGCUCCUCCGGCGGCUCGAUGCGCGCGAGCUGCACGCCCUCGAUGACUGCCUCGAGCUGUUCUCUGACACGGUGGCGGAGCUCAACCACAUCCUCGCCGAGCUUUCGUCGCCGUCGGCCUCGCCGGAAGACUACUACGACGACCUGCAGACACUCCUCAGCGGCGCCAUGACCAACCAGGCCACCUGCCUCGACGGUUUCGCGUACAGCGUGAACAACACGCGCCGCCUCAUCGAGGGCAGGCUGAAGAGGAUCACGCGCCACGUCAGCAACGCCCUCGCCAUGGUGAGGAAGUUGAAGAGGAAGAGCAGCAAGAGGAAGCCGAAAAUCCCGGCGGCGCAUGGCGAGUUCCCCGCGUGGCUGAGGAGAUCUGACCGGAGGCUGCUGCAGGCGGCGACUAACCGGACGGCGCCGAAUUUGGUGGUGGCGAAGGACGGCAGCGGGAAUUUCACCACCAUUGGCGAGGCACUGGCGGCGGCGCCGAACAACAGUGACGCGCGGAUCGUGAUUUACAUUAAAACGGGGGCGUACUACGAAUAUAUUGAAGUUGAUAGGCGAAAGAGAAAUAUCAUGUUUUUGGGGGACGGAAUUGGAAAAACGCUGAUUAAAGGGAACCGAAGCGUGGUGGACGGCUGGACCACCUUUCGAUCUGCGACUGUUGCUGUUGUCGGGAAUGGGUUCAUCGCCAAGGGCAUCACGUUCGAGAACUACGCGGGCCCCGCCAAGCACCAGGCCGUGGCCCUCCGUUCGAGUGCCGACUUCUCGGUCUUCUACCAAUGCAGCUUCGUAGCUUACCAGGACACACUGUACGUCCACUCCCUCCGACAGUUUUACCGCGAGUGUGACGUUUACGGUACGGUCGACUUCAUCUUCGGCAACGCUGCCGUCAUGGAGGAGGUCGUGCAUCCGAGGGGAUGGCUCGAGUGGGACGGGGACUUUGCGCUCGACACGUUGUACUAUGGGGAGUAUAGGAACCGUGGGCCCGGGGCGAACACAAGCGCGAGGGUAACGUGGCCGGGAUAUCGGGUGAUCAAUAGCUCCCAAGAGGCCGGGCAGUUCACAGUCGACAAUUUUAUUCAGGGGAGCGAGUGGCUACCGGCGACCAGUGUGCCGUUUUACCCUAAUUUGACAGCCACAUGA